UUGGUUUAUGCUCAGCAUAACAUAGUUAAAUUUUGCUCUUGAAUUCUUUAAAUAUGAUUAAUAAAUGUACUAUAAAAUGUCGUGUUUUUAUAUUUCUUUGAUUUAAUAUUACGUCUAUAAUAACUUAAAAUAAAAUAUUAUUUUAGUGUAAUGUGUUUUUGAAUUUAUAAUUUCGAUGAAACUUGAGUAACUGAACAGAACAAUAUAUUAUCAUACACAAGAAAAUCGAGAAAAUAUGGCUGAUCGUGAGCGUCAAAGGAACUAUUAUGGACAUUCCUUUGUUCAUAGGAUUAUAAUCAUAAUGGUAUUUGUAUCACUAUCACAUGCACAUUUAUUGAAAUCGGAGAAUAAUUCAACGGUUUGCUCGGAAUUCUUAUCAUGCCUGAAAUGUGCGAAACACGCCUCUUGUAGUUGGUCGUUAGACAAUCAAAAAUGUAUAAUGACACCUUCCAAUUUAGGAAAUUUAACAGUGAACAUUGAAGGACACUGUCCACAGUUCACUAUACUGAAAAAAUCCGUCCUGAGGGAUGAGUUAUUUUCUUACACGGUGGCGGUGUCGAACGACAAGAACAAUUUCGUAAAAUUUCUACAAGGGCAUAAAAUCACGUGCAACCUAGAAAAUGAGAAACUCACGGGAUAUAUGUUAAACGACGAGAUCAAGUGCAACACGAAAAAACUAACGGCACAGAGGGACAAGCGAUUUAAAGCGUUGAUGAUUUACCAUUAUCAUAUUACAAUCGACGACGACAUAAUACUAAGAUUCAACAACGAUUCCGACAAUUAUUUUGCGUAUUACGAUCACGAUUGCAACAGGUUGUGGAGAGACGAAGAGUGCGUGACGUGCAUGUGGACCGCGUACGGGUACAAGAACUACUUCAAACGGUGUACGACGAAAAACCAGUGCGUGGGCCAGUACGAGUAUUACGGCAAGUGGCACGUGAAAAACUACACCGGGGUGGGGACCGACGACGUGGACAAGGACGGCGGCGUGCGUCUAGAGUGUCCGGAAGCUGAGAUCCGAUCCGUGGACCCGAUGACGGCACCGUGGUUGGGCGGCACGACGGUGAGGUUCUCGGUUGUCAACCACCACAUCCUGGCCGAGGGGAAGGAAGUAUCAGUGACGGUAGCCGGGCGCGAGUGCUCGGAACCCAAAAUGAAGCGAAUGACUAGCGAUGACGUGACGAACAUCUCCUGCACCAUGAUGCCGGCAACCAACACGGACCGCCGCCGCAACCACGAGGGCCCGGUUCGGUUGCUGUACACCGGCGACCCGCCCAAGGUGACCAUCACAUCGUCGUUCGUCAUCGGACUGGUGGACCCCGUGAUCACGGACAUGAGCCCAAGGUGUGGGCCAGCGGCCGGCGGCACUAUGUUGCGUAUCGGCGGCCGGUUUCUGGACGCGGGCACCUCGUUGCGGGUGUCGGUGGGCGACUACGCGACGUGUGAACCAGUGGCCCUAUACUCGGACCUCAUACUGUGCCGGACGAAUCCGGCCUUGGUUGACGGGCCCACGGCGGCCAGGGUCAACGUGGUUUUCGACGGACAGCUGAGCAAGUACGUCGGCGACGGGUCGGUGGUGUUCACGUACGCGGCCGUGCCGGCGCUGGACCCCGGACAGUCGCUGCAGGGCAUCGCGACCGGCGGCACAGCCGUCCAGCUGCGUGGCCGGCACUUCUCGUGCCUUCGGUAUGCCAUGUUCUACGUCCGGCACGGCGAACGGGUGCACUACACCAGUUGCAGGUUGGUCAACGACACGCUGGCCGUGUGCAGAGCGCCAAAGCUCGAGUACGGAUGUGGCAGUGCCAUCACGUCGUUGAAGUACGGACUGCGCGUGCAGGGCCCCGAGUACCACGAGAUGGAUCUGUUGCCACCACGGAAUCCACACGGUUACAGUCUGCAUCCCGACCCGGUGUUCGUGGACUUCGUUACGGACGGCCACACCUUAACAAUCAACGGCCGUGACCUAGAUCGCGGCUUCCGGCCACAAGACGACCUGACGGUCCGGUUCCGCGGUUCCGGCAGCGUGUGCGACGUCACAUCCACGGACCACCAACGGAUCGUGUGCGUGGCGACUACCAACGCGUCCGUGGCUGACCUGGCAACUGUGAUCGGCGUAAUCGUCACCAUCGGCGACACGUUCGCGUGCGUGGUGAAGCGUAAGGCGGGCAGCCGGAGCCGCGGCCUCGGUGGGGGCCCGUCGGACAGCUUGGUCGCCGGCGUCAAGAUCGUAUGUCUGAUCGCCAUCGCCAUUGCAUGCAUCGCCGUGUACCGCACCAAGGCCAGACAUCGGGUCGGCGCCACGGCGCGGGCGUCGGCCGCGUCGGUGGCGUGCAUCCAUCCCAACACCACGGUCGGAUAUCGCAAAAAAUGAUCGUGUUCGAAGGGAGGACGGCCGCCGUUCGAUGCGACGCUUCAGUACUCUAUAAAUAUACAAUUUUUAUUAAUUUUUUGAAGAUACAUGUAUUAUAUGACCGUAUCUCACGUGAUCACUAAACGCGAUACACGGUCUACAAAAAUUUUACGAAAUACCACCCGGCGCGCGCGUGCAUUGUUCAUAAAUUGGUUUGGGAUGUCCUGUCCUUUUUGGGGCUUUUAUAUUAUAUUAUUAUCAACUGUUACUUACUAUACUAUAAUGUGUUGGUUAUAAUACACCGUUUAAUUAAUUUUA